AUGUUGUACGUGUCGCGCGGGCCGCUGCGCACCUGCAUGCCGGCCAGAAGCGGCGAGGUCGAGAUCUUGGGCAUGACGUCCAGCGUCUCGUGCGAGACGGGUUGGGACGGGGCGCCGACGCGCGGCAGAACCGCGAGCGACGACGGCAACGACGACGAUGACGACGACGAUGACGAGAACGAGAGGGGGAUUGCGAGCUGCGGACGCCGCGGCGUCAGGAGCGAGAUCGAGCGCGCCUGCUGGCCGACGCGCGGUCGAGCCGAGGCGCUGAUCCUGUUGACGAGCUCGCGUUAG